CUAGGUCAACUCGGCCUCAAAUGCGUACCCGGUGAGUAGACAUCGCCACUAGGGAGACAAAGGUGGCUGGGUAUGGUGCUGGCCACCCACCCGCUUGUGUGCCUUGCCGACCUUCAUAGAUACUCGCAAACAUUACUUGCCCCAAGAAUCUGAUGAGCUCAUUCUAGAUUUGAAGCUUUCGUGACUGCAAGGAUUCAUAUUCUUUGUUUUUUAUGAGCACUAUACGAGAGGGAUCUUUUUCUUGUCGUGCGUAAUUGUUAGAGCACUGCUCUUUGAAUCCAGCGGCACGAGUUCGAUUCUCGACCACGGCUAGCAUCAUCGGUGGCGAGCAAUAUCUGAAUCGCUCCUGACGACUUUAAUUCAAUUCUGGCUACGGCUAACAUUGGUGUUGAAGUUAUUAAAUUAUCGGCCACUGGCCAUGGCUAAUGUCAGUUGGCGAGUGAGCUCUAAACCAGUACUGCAACCCCCUUUCAACAACUGUCACUGACCAGCGUGGUGAAGUAUGGUCAGACAACUCCCACAGUUGAAAGGUUUUGUGAACAGCUUCAUCAAGAAAUGUAUUGGCAAUGGCCUUGCACGUUGCUAUUGAAUCGACUCUGUGAUAAAGAGGUCCUUCCCACCAUUUCUAAAACCUGUCUACAAUCAACAGUGAGCGCAGGUGGAUGAGACUAGAUGCCUGAAAGCAAAGUAAUAUUGGAUAGGACAAAGGAAAUAUGUCACUCGUUGCACCUGUGUGUGUGUUCUACCGCAAGCGGUGUCUGGGGCAUGAUGAUUCUAUUUCUUUGUGGCUAAAAGCAGAGUAUUUGCUGCUGCUGCGAAUUACAAUAUCAAAUCCAUAUCAAAGAAGUGAGAUAUCAAAUCUAUCCACCACCUUUGCCCCCCUCCUCCCCACCCCUGCAACCUUCACCUCCACCGCCACGUCCCAGCCCACUCCCUCCGCUGCACGGACUCUGGCCUUCUCGAUCCUCACUCCCUAGGUCUGCUGCUCCGCCAUCGGUGGCUGCUCUUUUGGCCACCGCUCCUCCCUCACCCUUUGGAAAUCUCUCCGUGGGCAACUCCACCUGCUCCCCUCUCUGCUUCCGAGUCUCUCCUCGACACUUUCCCUUUCAACCUCCGUGGUUCCGAGCCCCCCUUUAAUUGGUUCUUUUUCUCUCCUUCCCUUGGCUCAACCCCCCCUGUUUCCCCCCCCUUCCCUCCCCGCUUUGUGAGACGUUUGCUAUGUUAGGGGUGCAUUACAAAUGUACGUUUUAGUCGUGCGUUGUUUCCAUAAUAGAGGGGUUUUUUUGGGUUAGAUCGCAUGAAAAUAAAUGUUUUGUUAAACCCGCCACCGCCCGACGCAGACAAUUUUAGAGGCUUUUCACUUGAACAAAACGUGCCAAUUUAGUUACUCGUUCAGCAUAUUGGAGAGGAAAACCCACACAAUGUACAAUUUUAGUUCACGACAUUAGUCGUGAAAACGUGCGUGUUAAAGUGGGUGGUGUCGUUGUCGACAUGUCCGCCUCGUGCAAAGCCGUUCGCAAGACGGGAAAGCGGCCUCCGCAUCGUCGGACCUGGUCAGCCGUCAGUACAUUCGAUAACAGGUGUUACCGAUUAUUGGUCGUUUUCACUGCCUUGGGCUUGUGACAACAGGGCUGCUCCUCCACUUGCUAAAACUCUCAUUUCUAAGUCCGUCCCUCUCGCGUAUCCAAGCCAGUCCCUCUUGGAGGGGAAGGGGGGAGUGAGCAGCGAAAGGCGAGGGAGGUGGAGAAUGAAACUGCCUGGCACGUGGUGAGGGAGAGUGAAGGGCAGACCGAGAGAUAAAGCGAGAGACCGGGAGAGAAAUGGACAUAGCGGCAGAGAUACGUACACACACAGAGCUAGAGAUACGUACACACAGAGCUAGACAUGCGUACACACACAGCGCUAGAGAUACGUACACACACCUGGAAAGAUGGUCUAGCGCAAACCGAUGCAGAGAGACGUAGAGAAAGAGAGAAAUACGAGCGACAGAAGCGGAGAAAUCGACAGAUGUAACAACGACGGCAUAGAGACACGGGCAGAGAGAAAGGUCGCCAAACAAAGAUUGACGGACACGGAAACGGACAGAAUCGGGCGGAGAGAAACAGCCAGAAGAGGAGUGUCACAGACAGACAUAGAGACGCAGAGAUAAAAGCAGAGAGAGAGUGGGAGGCACAGACAGAGGCACAGGCGGUGCGCGACGGUCAGAGAAGGAGAGAUGCACAGAGAGAGGAAGACGGUGAGAGGGAGAGAGCGUGGACCACGCACCCGUGGGCCCAGCAACGGAGCCCCCAAAGCUUAAUGGAGGGAGAUUAUCACGCCUUUCCGUCGGCUUAUCCUUUGUGCCGAGAAUCGUAAGGAGAUGGAAGAUUGGAUCGCGGCGCUAAAGUCUGUACAGAAUCGAGACCCUUACGAACCGUCCCAGCUCAGCAUGGAUCACUUCUCAGGGCUGCACAACUGGUACGCGUGUUCCCACGCGCGCCCCACCUACUGCAACGUGUGUCGCGAGGCUCUGUCUGGGGUCACGUCACAUGGCCUGUCGUGCGAAGUCUGUAAGUUCAAGGCGCACAAGCGAUGUGCUGUCCGCGCCACCAACAACUGCAAGUGGACAACACUGGCAUCUAUCGGGCGAGAUAUACUGGAGGAUGAAGACGGGGUAGCCAUGCCUCACCAGUGGCUGGAGGGGAACCUGCCGGUGAGCGCCCGGUGCUCCGUCUGUGACAAGACGUGCGGCAGCGUGAUGCGACUGCAGGACUGGCGGUGCCUUUGGUGCAAGGCAAUGGUACAUGGGGCCUGCCGAGAUGCCCUGCCCCGAAAGUGCCCUCUCGGUCAGUGCAAGGUGUCUGUCAUCCCGCCUCCUGCACUCAACAGCAUCGACUCGGACGGCUUCUGGAAGGCCACGUGCCCCCCCUCGUGCUCCAGUCCCCUGCUCGUGUUCGUCAACUCGAAGAGCGGAGACAACCAGGGCGUCAAGUUCCUGCGCCGGUUCAAGCAGCUGCUCAACCCGGCGCAGGUGUUCGACCUCAUGAACGGCGGCCCGCACCUGGGGCUGCGUUUGUUUCAGAUUGACACGUUCCGCAUCCUGGUGUGCGGGGGGCGAUGGCAGCGUGGCUGGGUCCUCUCGGAGAUUGACAAACUCAACCUGCACAAGCAGUGUCAGAUGGGUGUUCUCCCACUGGGCACGGGCAACGAUCUGGCCAGGGUCCUUGGCUGGGGAGCUGCCUGCGACGAUGACACACAGCUGCCCCAGAUCCUGGAGAAGCUGGAACGUGCCAGCACCAAGAUGCUUGACCGGUGGAGCAUCAUGACCUACGAAACUCGGGUCACCAUGCGGAACAGCGUCUCCAUGGUGACGGACGGCGAGGACGAGGAUGGAAGGGUGCAGAUUGCCGCCUACGAGGACUCCGUGGCCGAGCAUCUUACGCGGAUCCUCAAUUCUGACCAACACUCUGUCGUCAUCUCCUCCGCAACGGUGCUGUGUGAGACUGUGAAGGAUUUUGUCGCUCGCGUCGGCAAGGCCUAUGAGAGAACCACGGAGAAUCCUCGCGAAGCUGAGAAUAUGGCGCGGAAGUGUGCCGUCCUGAAGGAGAAGCUCGACUCCCUGCUGCGAACCUUGAACGACGAAUCUCAGGCCACCGCCACCCUCCACGCCGCCACGGCAACACCCCCCAUCGCUGAGGAGACUGAGAGCGUGGGUGACCCCGAUGGAGGCGCUGCAGCCAAGGAGAAGGGGGUCGUGACCCCAUCGCUGGCGGACGCUGCCCCAGACGCUUCCCCUCCCUCCGUGGGCCCCCGCCCUCCCCGCCGCUCCUCCAAGCCCCAGGUGUUUCGACCGCGCGAGCAGCUCAUGUCGCGCGCCAACAGCCUGAAGAAGGCCAUCCGACAGAUCAUCGAGCAGGCUGAGAAGGCUGUGGACGAGCAGAACGCGCAGACGCAGGCCCACCGCAGCAGCCUCCACCCUGACGACCCCCCCGCGGAGGCUCACGGGAUCACCGUGAGCUCCGCGCCGGACGCCGCGGCCGCCGAUUGCGAGGACGACACUGCCCCCGACUCGGCCGCCGCGGCCAUGCCGGCGUCCGUGGCGGCGACGCAUGCUCCAAGUCUUGGCUCGCGAUCGGGCCUCGCCCGCAAAAGUUCCAGGGCCUCGAGCAAGAGCAGCCUGCUGGGUUCAGGGGCCCCCGGGGUGUUUGGAGUUGCAGGCCUCAGCGGAAGCAAAGAGAAUCUGCCGAUUCUGAACACGCGCAUCAUCAACCAGAGUCUGCGUGCUGGCCUCACUGCGUCGCUCUUCACGCUGGGUGCCUGCGUCUCCCCGUCCAUCGCCCCCGACGUAGACUCACUUGAAGGCUACACGGAGAAGUGCGUGAUGAACAACUACUUUGGCAUCGGCCUCGACGCCAAGAUUUCCCUCGACUUCAACAACCGUCGUGAGGAACACCCGGAGAAGUACAGGUUCGAAUCCAAGAACAUCAUGUGGUACGGAGUCCUGGGCACGAAGGAGCUGCUUCAGAAAACGUACAAGAACCUCGAGCAGAGGGUCCUGUUGGAGUGCGACGGGCAGCCCAUUCCCUUGCCCUCCCUUCAGGGCAUAGCUGUGCUGAACAUAUGCAGCUACGCUGGAGGAACCAACUUCUGGGGAGGCACCAAGGAGAACGACACUUUCACGGCUCCCUCCUUUGACGACAAGAUCCUGGAGGUGGUGGCCGUGUUUGGCAGCAUGCAGAUGGCCGUGUCCAGAGUUAACUUGCAGUACCACCGCAUCGCGCAGUGCCGCACAGUGCGAAUCAGCAUCCUGGGGGAGGAGGGGCUGCCCGUGCAGGUGGACGGGGAGGCGUGGGUGCAGCCGCCCGGAUUCAUCCGCAUCGCUCACCGCAACCGCGCUCAGAUGCUCACGCGGGACAGAGCUUUCGAGAGCACGCUAAAGCUGUGGGAGGACAAGCAGCAUCGCGAUGAUUCUGCACGCCCAGGCUCCCAGCAUGCCUUACAGGGGGGCAGCAGCGAUUCCCAGCAUGCCUUGCAAGGAGGCGGCAGCGGUGGACUGGUGCCCGAGGUGGUUGGGGGAGCAGAGGCAGAGCAAGUUCAUCAGUUUGCAGAGACUGCACGAUUACUCAUGAAGGAGAUCCGCACGGCGGCCGACUCUCACCACGCCCUGGAGCAGGAGCUGGCGCACGCCGUGAAUGCCGCGUCGCACGCCCUCGCCAACCAUCUACGCCAACACCGACUCCGAGGUGCCCUACCCCAGGCGGUGGUGCUCGACCUCGUCCACAAGGUGAAAGCGCUGCACAGCGAGACAGCCCAGCUCCUCUGUGGGAAACUGCUGCUGGACACGUCGCACGAGGAGCGUCUGGGCGCAGCGCUGGGCAGCGUCGAGCAGGAGUUGCAUGGCCUGGGGGACAUCGCGUGGCUCUCGGGGAGCGUACGGGCGUCGGACUCGGAGGGCGCUCUGGUAGAGUUCUCCAAGAGGAGCCGAAGCUCAAAGUUCCGUCUCUUCCGGAGAGACAAGAACCACAAGCCGCGUGACAGCAGAGGGCUGGCUCCCUUCCCUGUCCAGCAGUGGGGCGUGGAGGAGGUGGGCGCGUGGUUGGAGCUGCUCUCUCUGGGCGAGCACCGCGAGUCGUUCGCUCGGCACGACAUCCACGGCACGGAGCUCCUCCAGCUCGAGAGGAGAGACCUGAAGGAGCUGGGCAUCUCCAAAGUUGGCCACGUCAAGCGAAUUCUCAACGGUAUCAAAGAGCUCAACAAGGGACCCACAGGGGAGUUCUGAGAGCCAACUAGCAUUCACCUCUCAUCAAGUAGGUCCCGUGACAAAGGAGGUCCCACCACGGAGGUCCCACCACGGAGGUCCUACCACGGAGGUCCCACUACAGAGGUCCCACCACGGAUGUCCCACCACGGAGGUCUCACCACGGAGGUCUCACCACGGAGGUGUCGUCCACGGAGGUGUCGUCACGGAGGUGUCGUCACGGAGGUGUCGUCACGGAGGUGUCGUCACGGAGGUGUCGUCACGGAGGUCUCGUCACGGAGGUCUCGUCACGGAGGUGUCGUCACGGAGGUGUCGUCACGGAGGUGUCGUCACGGAGGUCUCGUCACGGAGGUCUCGUCACGGAGGUCUCGUCACGGAGGUCUCGUCACGGAGGUCUCGUCACGGAGGUCUCGUCACGGAGGUCUCGUCACGGAGGUCUCGUCACGGAGGUCUCGUCACGGAGGUCUCGUCACGGAGGUCUCGUCACGGAGGUCUCGUCACGGUGUUAUAACACCAGCUCAUAGGGUCUACCACGGAAGCCCCACGACGGAGAUCGCAUCACUACGGAGGUGUAGGCCCCACCACAGAGGUGUAGGCCCCACCACAGAGGUGUAGGCCCCACCACAGAGGUUUAAAGCCCCAAUGCAGAGGUUUAAAGCCCCAAUACAGAGGUGUAGGCCCCACGACAGAGGUGUAGGCCCCACGACAGAGGUGUAGGCCCCACGACAGAGGUGUAGGCCCCACCACAGAGGUGUAGGCCCCACGACAGAGGUGUAGGCCCCACGACAGAGGUGUAGGCCCCACCACAGAGGUGUAGGCCCCACCACAGAGGUGUAGGCCCCACCACAGAGGUGUAGGCCCCACCACAGAGGUUUAAGCUGCACCACAGAGAAGUAGGCUGCACAACAGAGACCCCAGCACCGAGGAUGUCUGUGUCUUGACCUCAGUCUCGUGUUGCGUGGGCUCCUGCGCAGCAUCUGUCUGUCUAUUCCACUACCAAAGGCCACGGCAGGACUGUGGACUUGACCAAAACACAGGGGGGCAAACGCCCCCCCCCCAACCCCCUAUUGAAAGCAGCCAGACCGUCAGUGUGUGGGUGCGCGUGUGUGUGUAGACUUGCGCGAGUGUGAAUGGGUAAAGUUCUCGGGGUGGAACAAUUUUACUUUCCCCCCCCCCCCUCUUCCACAGGUGCUUCUAUGAAUUGUCAAGAUUCGUCAUCUCUAUUUGAGUCAAGAAUAUAAUGUUUUUUUGGAUACUUUGUAAGGAAUGGUCACACCUCUAUUGGCGGCAGAGGCAAUUUUAACCUAUUACAUACAACCUAUACAAGUCAAAAAGCGUCGAUCCGUACAGACGUGGUCCGAUGCUUGUUUCCUAAACGCAAGAUUCAAUACGAUGCGGUGGAUUAUUCCAGCCCGAGUGGAUGGGUAUAUUGGGGUGUGGGUAGGCACGUGUAUGGAUAUUGUGUGUGUGUGUGUGUGCGUAUGCAUGUGUGUAUAGAUUUACUUGUGUAGGUAUGCAUUUGUGUAUGUGUCCAAUGUGCGAUGUGUGUGCAUGUGUAUCGGUGUAGGUCUGUGCGUGUUGCAUGUGGAGAUCAGUGACGCAGUGGUUGGCGCACGGCGCUACGAACCCGGAAACUCGAGUUAAAUUCUCGUCUGCAGCUCACGUUAGUGGCAAGUGGUAAUUGAACUCGUCUGAAGCCUGCCCUUGGUCAAUUUAGCCUUAAAUUAGUUCCUGUUGCAGGCUAUAAACACAGAAAAACCCCCUUGUGUGCCAUGCCAGCCUUAAUAGAUGCUCGCUAACAGCACCUUCCCCAAACAAUCUGUAAGGUUUGUACGGGGAGAUCUUCGUGUGUAUGUGUGUGCGCACGUGUGUGUAUCGUGUGUAUUUAAGUUAAUUAUGCUCAUUAAUUUAAGUUCGUGUGUAAUAAUGCAAAACUAAUCUGUGUAGUGUGCGUGUUGUGUGCGUGCGUGCGUGCCCUGUGAUUGCACACUCAUGCACUGUGCUGGCUGGUUUUUUACGAACCUUGGUUGACUUUUAUACUGAAAAAAAAAAUGAAAAGGAACAAAAUGGUAAGGAGGAGGAGCGUGUGUUUUAACUGUUUUAGCUUCAUCACGUUUGUGCCAUGAUUGACGCGACCAAAAAAAAAGAAUCCCAACACUUAAAAAAAAGAUGAUUUGAUUUUUAAGUUUUAACGUCGGGUUAAAUUUUGAACCCUUUUUAAAUUAAAAUCGUCGAGGAUAUUUUCCAGACCUUUAUAUUUUGGUUGUACAUGUCUUGCAAGGUUGGCGUUCUUAAAUGUAUUACUACUAUUAAUGUUAUUGUAAUUGGUGUUUUAAGCUAAAUGAGGUUUAUGAUUGGAGUGAAACAUCUGUAUAGCGUGUGCUGAGUGUGUUGAAAAAGUAAUCGUUUUAACGUGUGCAAUAUAUCUUCUCCCACAAGUCAGAGGUGGGCGUUUAAAUGUGGCUCGCCACCGAGCUCGCCGUCGCAGUUCAAUCCCUCCUGCUGCUCAGAAGUUGUACACAUCGCAUCGCAACACGGCAUUGGCCCCGAUUGGGUUGCAUUUGUAGCUGGAGCAAUGGGUUGCGUUUGUGGCAUCGACAACAACAUCAGCAGUUGCGGAAGCAUCGUCCUAAGCAGCCACAUUCUAAUCGCCGUCAUGCGAUAGUGGUUUGCUAGGGUCAAGUGGCAUAGGUUAUUGUUGACGAGUUUUUAGUAUAGGGGCAGGGCUGGGGUCCGGCAGGCUUCUGUGAUUUGAGCUCGUUAGAUUCUGGUGGUCUCGAGUUGUUUGUUCUAUGGCCGUCAUAUGGUUGGCUGGUGUGGUUGGGGCUAUGCGUCGAGUGGUUGGCCUAGUGUGCUUUAGGGAUGGAUAUUGCCCCACCCCUCCCCACCCAUCCUUGUGUUUUACCUUUGCCAAUCUGCAGUAUACAACCUGUUGUUGUAGCUGGAUCAGGGAUUGAACUGUCGACUUUCUCGCAAGCUGGCUCAGUUGGCAAGCUCUGCCCAGCGGGCAGGACCCAAACCCCCACCCCAUUGGCCGCGCCAAACGAAUCGAUUUGAAUCAUUCGUCCGUUCAAGAGCUCCAGAGUGCGGGCAUUGCUUUUGUGCGGGUGUUUAUUCACCGUUUUUAACCGUCGUCGGUGUUGUAUCAACGGUUUCGUAUUUCAGUCCACGUGCUAAAGGCUGAUUUUUUUUCCAAAGCGGCCGGGACACUUUGAUGUAAAGUGUCUUUUUUUUCCUGGCUCUAAUUUGCCAGUUCCGUGCACGCGUGUACAAAAGGUGAGCAAAUGGGGCAGUAUUUCUUGCACUGUGCUACCAGGCCAGCCACCUGGAUUCCAUUCCCGUCCACGCCAGUGGCGAGUUGAAUCUGAACCCGUCCAGAGCCACAUUUCUAGGUUGGCUCGGCCUGAAUUGAGUGCAGGGUGCAAACAAUCAGUACCGGGGAGAUGAAGGCAAGCAGGAGUGGCGUUCCCACACCGCCGGCCUUCGUAGGCGCUCGCUAAUGGCGCGUGUGCGUACAAGCUUUGAGUCUAAACGUGGGGUAUUUAUAUUGGUGGGUAGGUAUGAAUAUUUGGUGUUUUUUGAUGUCACUGUGUCAAUGGCCAGGUCUUUGAAAAUUGACUGUGGUCCAUAGAAGCCUUCUCUUCAGAAUGGUGUCACAGGGUUACUUACAUUCCACUGUGUGUCUGAUGACACAUUUACAUUGACAAGGCCUUACUACCCCCACCCAGUUUGUAACUUACCAGGGAUCAAACUCCUAAAGACUGACUAAGUAGCUAGUCAGUUCCCCAUUGUAAUUGUUUGGUAAAAUGCAGGAGGGCUGAUGGAAAAGUCUGUGGCUUGAUAUUGAAGGGGAACGGUGCUUACAAUAAAGGGCGAAUGUUUAUAUUGUUUAUCAAGGACUACAAACGCUCAGUGCUAAAUUAACUGCCCUCUUAUGUUCAUUGGAAAUUUGAGAACUCUGAAAGACAAAAAAAAUCUCAAACUACAAAAACAAUCGGGUAGAAUCGAGAUAAAUCUGAAGAAUUCCCACAUCCAACUGAAGUGGCUCCCAGUGCCUCCCCAACUAGAGAAUCGCUUGUUGGGAAAGUGCACCCUACUCGUUACGGAGGAGCGCUGUGAGUAUUGAGCUCCAAGGGUCCUGGAGGAGCGAGCCAUAAAGUUAUUCUGGGCGGUGGUUAAAUUAAAGCCUUGGUAAAUUGAUGAACCGAAUGCUUCGGACUUGAAGGAGAGGAACCGUGUCGAGAAAUAAUAGAGCUCUCAUCAGGGCCACUUGUUGCUCACUGGAUCAAUACAUGGAACUUUCCAUCAGCUGCUAUCCUGAAACUACGUACGUGGAGGUCCGGUCACUGGCUCACUCGGAGGCGUUCACAUUCAGCGAAGAACUCCCCAAAUCGCUGAGCUUCGAGAUGACCAGGAGAUGGCAAGAGAUUAAUCGUGUUUCUGACCGAUCUGUGUUGUGGACUUGAGAAAACUAUCCCCUCCCCUUUCCCAGGUAUGCGUGGCGUUUGCUCCGGGUACAUGAUGGUGACGUGGUUGUUUUUUUGUCAGCUGGCCUGUACAAAUUAUAUGGCUUUUGUUGUGUGUGUUCCACCAAGUCUCUGUGGAGCGCUCAUGCCAAAAAAAACCCAUUGUGUAAAUACGAGGACCACUCAAAAAAAUGUCUGACUGCACAGACAAGGGACCUGUGGCCUACAUUUGUGGUCGUGUUGUGGCGCCAGUCAUUCCUUGCAGGCGGAUUCGCCCACAUAGUCGAUUGAAGUCGUGACGCUGACGUUGGGCUGCAGAGGUGUUGACCGAGGUGUUAAACAUAAUCCGCUCUUAUCGUCCACACCAAGAAUUCACAUCCAUGGUAGCGCAGGCCUAACGGUUCCAUGUCCGCUCCAUGUCCGCUCCGUAGCUUAGACCCACAACUCAAAAACUCAACCUGUGCUGUUUAUUCUGUAGGGAUAACAUGAAUAAUUAUAUUCAUGUAAACAUUCAUGCCAACGUUUGUUUUAUUUUUUUAAACAUACAAUGAUAACUGGUAUUGGCUAAACAUCCCAAUGCCGCAAAAGUACCACGGUAAUUGCUCAAUUUGGAAUGCACACGGCAGAAGCAGCAACAUCGCCCCACUCCUGCAAAAAUUUUGCAGGGUCCUCUUAAUGAUGAGUCUUGAGAUCUUUCCUGGGUAAACAAGUGUAAUAAUAGUAAUAAUAAAAAUGCAUUUCCCAAUAACGUCAUAUCUACUCUGCAGCCCAGACCCAGAACUCCACACCCAUCCUAUAGAUCUCUCAUCUAGAACUUACUCAGGUUUAUUUUGUUUAGUGUCUCUUAAUAUUUUUUUUCUUUUAUGGCAUUGCAUAGCAAGGAUGUAUACAAUUUUAUUUGAUUUAUGAAAAAAUAAAUAUGAUGAGUGGGCGAAGACCUCGGGGGCCAGCCCCCCAGGACACUUUGGCGGGACUGUCGCUCGGCUGACGUCGGAACGCCUGGGAAUUCCCCCAGGAAGAGCUAGAGCCUGUCGCCAGGGAAAGGGAGGUCUGGACCGCCCUACUCAACACGUUGUCACCGCGACCCUCACCAGGACCAGCGGAUUGAGAAAUGAACGAACGAGUUUGCUGGAUGAAUUUCAUAAUCGUUGUGUCGGAGACAGUGAGCCAGCGCUGCUGAGAUGCUGGAAUAAUUUCUGGGUUUCAGCCACUCGUGUGAUGUAACCCGGCCUCUUGAGUUGAUAGACUUGAUGGUCUCGGCCCAUCCGGCAGUGACUGCACAAAUCGAACCGUCACAUUGACUUUGGUCUGUUCCUCGGCGUUCCUUGGCCGAGCUAUUCGGCAGAUGGGCUCCUCCGAACACAACUGCAGAGAACGAUCAUAGUGGUGGCAGAGAGUUAAAUCAUAUCGAGGAACGGCCGCAGAAUGGCACCACAGAUACAAUACAAUGUGGAAUCGUAUAGUUUGUCAAUUUAUGCCAUUUAAUCACCCGGUUAGAUAUAGGAUAAAUAAAAUAUAGCGUCUAAAGUGACCCAUUUUCAAGACGCUUUUCAGAAAUUAGGCCGUAUUUAUUUUGUAUAUGAGUAGAGGCAGC